AUGAAUAAACCAGAUUCAAAUGGAGAGACAUGUAUUAGUUCUUUAAAUUAUGGUUUAAUUAUUGGAAUUCCAUUAAUAUGUAUAUUAAUGAUUAUUAUUAUUUCAGGUUUGUUAGUUUAUUAUUUCAUACACCUUCAUUUUAUUCAUUAUUUUAAUAAGAAACAAGGUGUUAUUCCACAACCAAUAUCAACAUUUUCUGUUGAAUUUUAUGAUAACCAAUAUCAUAAAGAUAUUCAUUGUAAUUAUAAUACCAUUACAAGUGAUAGUGAAUUAGAAGUUGGUAGUACAAGUUCAAUUAAUAUUAUUGUUGGUAAUUUUAAUAGAUAUAAAACUUAUGAAAUUCAUCUUGCUACUCCAAUAGAUGACAUAAAAUGUUCUUUUAGCCAUAAACCUGAAUGUGCCGAUAUCCCUCCAAGGAAAGCAGUUGUAUUUACAGUAUUAAUAAAACCAUUAGUAUGUUGUUGUAUUACACAAACACUUGGAAUUGUUGUUAAAAGAAAACAUUCAGAUAUAGUAAUUCCAAUUAAGCUUCAUUUAUUUACUCAGUUGGAUUGUUCAUUAGAUCCAGAUGAAAUUAUUGAACAAAAACAAAUUGGAGAAGGAACAUUUGGUUCAGUAUUUAAAGGGAUGUUUAGAGGUCAUAUGGUAGCAAUUAAAAGAUUAAAAAUUUCAACAACCGAUGAAAGUAUUUCAGAAUUUAAUAAAGAAGUUGAAUUAUUAGAUAAAUUUAGAUGUCCACAAAUAGUCUAUUUCUAUGGAGCAGUUUUUAAUCCAAAAAGACUAACCAUUGUAAUGGAAUUUGCACCAUAUAAAAGUUUAAAAAGUAUGAUAGAUAAUGAACCAAUUGAAAAAUUUUCAUUUGCAUUAAGAGCAAAGAUUCUUUGUGAUUGUGCAAAAGGAUUAAUGUAUCUUCAUAAUAAUCAUAUCAUUCAUCGAGAUGUAAAAAGUGAUAAUAUUUUAUUAUUUGAUUUAACUCUUGAGGCUCCAGUUAGAGCUAAAUUAACUGAUUUUGGAUCAUCAAGAAGUAUUACAUUAGCACAAAGUAAUAUGACAUUUACAAAAGGAAUUGGAACCCCCAUUUAUAUGGCACCAGACCUUUUAAACAAUAAAAGAUAUGAUGAAAAAAUUGAUGUAUUUUCAUUUGCUGUUGUAAUGUAUGAAAGUUAUAUUUGGGGAGAUGUUUAUCCUGAAAAAGAAUUUCCAUAUAUCUGGAAUAUUGCAUCAUUCAUUGCAAAUGGAAAAAGAAGACCAAAAAUAUUAACAAUGAAAGAAUGGUUUUGGGAAUUAAUUAAUUUAGGAUGGAACCAAAAUCCUAAAGAAAGAAUAACGAUGGAACAAAUAGUACUAGAAUUUGAAAGUCAUGGAUAUUAA